AUGAACGAGACAUUCGACCCGUGGGGGGAUCCCGCGACGCGUGAGCACGACAGCAUCCAGCUCAACCUGGCCGUCUGCGCCGUCCUGACCUGGCUGAUAUCCGCCGUCUUCGUCGGCCUGCGCGUCUACACCCGCCGCUUCCUCCUCAAGGUCUUCGGCUGGGAGGACACCUGCAUCAUCCUGUCGCUGAUCUUCGCCGGCGCCAUGACCGCGGGCGCCCUCGACCAGAUCGUCCACGGCUCCGGCAAGCACGCGUGGGACAUCCCGGCCGGCAACUACACGCCGCUCGCGCGCGCCAACUGGUACACGGUGCUCUUCUACUUCCUGUCGCUGGCCUUCUGCAAGCUCUCCAUCCUCUUCCUCUACCACGGCAUCUUCACCUACCAGAGCGUCCACAUCGCCGUCUACGUCGUCGCCGCCAUCGUCAUCGUCACCAACGUCUGGAACGUCAUCGCCACGCUGACGGCCUGCAUCCCGCUGCGGGCCUACUGGGACGUCCGGGCCAUGCCGGGGGCGCGCUGCUGGGAUGCGUCGGUCUGGUGGACCAACCUCUCGCUGCACAUGGGCACCGACUGGCUCAUCUUCCUGAUGCCGCUGCCCGUCAUAUGGCGGCUGACCGUGCCGAGGAGGCAAAAGUUUAUCCUGGUGGGCGUCUUUGCCCUCGGCUUCUUCGUCUGCUUCGUCUCCGUCUUCCGCCUCGUGAGCUUGAUCCAGGCUCAAAAGGAGAUGUCCCACGACUUCUCCUACCACAACGCCAACCUCGGCUACUGGACCUCGGUCGAGGUCUCCUUCGCCAUCGUCUGCGCCUGCCUCAUGACCCUCAAGCCCCUCGUCUCGCGCUUCUUCCCGUCCUUCUUCUCCCCGACGCCGGUGCACUCGGUGCACUCCCAGGGCGGCAGCACGACCGCCGGCGGCGGCGCCUCGUCGACCCGGCAGAUGCGCCUGCGCUCCAAGUUCAGCAGCCCGCUGGACAGCCCUCUCUAUGGCGGCCGGGGGGGUCUCCGUCGAGAGUUCGGCCGGCCGCAUCACUACAACGAGCAGAGUGCGCAGGAGAGGGGGCUGGAGAGCUGGUUCGACGAUGACGACGCUCGUCUGUCGCAGGAUGAUGGGAGGAGGGGAGCGCGGCACUCGAGACGGAUGAGCAUCGAGGAGAUACCCAUGGACAGCCGUGACACCGACCGGUCACGCGAGGAGGCCGCCGCAGCCCAGUUUCGGGACGGGGUAGACUCGCCUUCCGACACAAUACCGCGUGCUUCGCUGCGGCCUCCGCCUCCAGUCGUGCGGACGCAGAGCAGGGAUGGCCCCGGCGGCACGUUCCUCGCAUCGCUGAGCGACGCAGGCGGCCGCAGCCCGUCGGUGCUUCCGCCGCCAUCACCCGCUGGCUCGGUAGGCGGCUCGACGUUCGGCGGGAGCAAGGCCGAGUUCUACGACUCGUCCUCGGAGAAGACCUCGCAGGAGUUCGGCACCGUGACUAGUACUACGGCUACUACUACUACGACACCGGCGGAAACAUUUGGCAGGCGGAGGUAG